AUGAAUGGCACUGACAUGGAGGAAAUACCGUUUCAGAAAGUCAAAACCAGGCGGAAGAGAAGUCACUGUCCGACGGGCAUCCCCCUGACCACCAUCGCGUGCGAGGACGAGUUCGACUGCAAGGAGCUCGAGUCCCUCUUCCAGAACUACAACCUGAAACUGGAGCAGACGUCCACCCUCAAAGCCCUGGCCGUGCUCAUCUUCAUGUCCUCGACGCUGGCCGUGGUGGAGUUGCUGUCCGGCCCCAGCCUCACCAUCUCCAAGGGGUCCCAUCCGGUCCACUGUGUCGUCUUCGUCUCCCUGUUCAUCGUGACGAACGUCAAGUACCUGCAGGUGACUCAGCUCCAGCAGAUCGUGAACCUGGCGCUGCUCUUCGGCUUCACCUUCUCCUUCCUCUGCUGCCCCUUCUCGCUGGGCGCCAUGGGCAUGGAUCCGCCGACGUCCCCGGAGCAGGGCGUGUGGCAGCUCAUCCUGGUCACCUUCGUGGCGUACGCGCUCCUACCUGUGCGGACGCUCUUGGCGGUCGUGUUUGGAAUAAUGGUCUCCAUCUCACAUUUGAUUGUGACCGCCACUUCAGUCACGGCGAAGACGCAGAGACUGUGGAGAACGUUGGUUGCCAACACGGUGCUGUUCACCAGUGUCAACCUGUCAGGGCUGUUUGUGCGCAUCCUGACGGAGCGAGCCCAGAGGAAGGCCUUCCUGCAGGCUCGCAACUGCAUCGAAGAGAGACUCCGCAUGGAGGACGAGAACGAGAAACAGGAGCGCCUGCUAAUGAGUCUGUUGCCCAGGAACGUAGCUAUGGAGAUGAAAGAGGAUUUCCUGAAGCCCCCAGAAAGGAUCUUUCAUAAAAUCUACAUCCAGCGCCACGACAAUGUCAGCAUCCUGUUUGCAGACAUAGUGGGUUUCACCAGUCUGGCCUCCCAGUGCACGGCCCAGGAACUGGUGAAACUGCUCAAUGAGCUGUUUGGAAAGUUUGAUGAGCUCGCAACGGAGAACCACUGUCGGAGGAUUAAGAUCCUGGGGGAUUGUUACUACUGUGUGUCCGGACUGACCCAACCCAAGACUGACCACGCCCACUGCUGUGUAGAGAUGGGUCUGGACAUGAUUGACACCAUAACGUCGGUAGCAGAGGCCACAGAAGUCAACCUCAACAUGCGCGUGGGCUUACACACGGGUCGCGUGCUGUGUGGAGUGCUGGGCCUCAGGAAAUGGCAAUAUGAUGUGUGGUCCAAUGAUGUGACCCUAGCCAAUGUAAUGGAGGCUGGAGGACUACCUGGGAAAGUCCACAUCACCAAAGCUACGCUGGAGUGCCUAAACGGAGAUUAUGAGGUGGAGCCUGGAAACGGUCACGAAAGGAACGCCUUCCUCCAAAAACAUGAAAUUGAAACCUUCUUUAUAGUGCCAUCUCACCGACGGAAGAUAUUCCCAGGAUUGAUUCUUUCGGAUAUAAAGCCCGCCAAAAAGAUGAAGUUCAAAACUGUGUGCUACUUACUAGUGCAGCUUAUGCACUGCAGGAAGAUGUUCAAGGCUGAGAUUCCCUUCUCCAAUGUCAUGAACUGCGAGGACGGUGAUAAGCGGAGGGCCAUGCGGACGGCUCCGCAGAAGCUGAGGAACCGCACCAACGCCAACCAGGCUAAUGUGAUCCAGAGCAGCCCCAGAACCCGGGUCAACCGCUACAUCGGCCGCCUGAUUGAGGCCCGCCAGACCGAGUCGGACACGGCGGACCUCAACUUCCUCACGCUCAUGUACAAGUGCUCGGAGCGCGAGCAGAGGUACCACCAGCUUCCCGAUGAGCACUUCAUCAGCGCCGUGGUCCUCUCUCUGAUCCUCGCCGCCUUGUUUGGCCUCGUCUAUCUUCUCAUCAUACCGCAGGGCACAGUGGUACUUGUCCUUCUCGUCUUCUGCAUCUGUUUCCUAGUCGCUUGUAUCAUGUACCUGCAUAUCACUAGAGUACAGUGUUUCCCAGGGUGCCUGACCAUUCAGAUCCGCACUGCUCUCUGUAUUCUCAUAGUGCUCUUAAUCUACGCUGUGGCCCAGGCCUGUGUGGUGGGCUGCAUGCCCUGGGUGUGGGGUCGUGCCAACGCCAACAGCUCCAUCAUCAUCAUCGAUGUGGACAGCGGCGCCAACCACACCAUGGCGGAGCUGCCUUGUGACGGCGCCCGCUACGCCUACCUGUGCUGUGUGGUGGGCACACUCACCCUCGCACUGUUCCUGCGGGUCUCCUGGCUGCCAAAGAUGGUGCUGAUGGUGCUUCUGGGGGUGCUGUAUGUCACCGUGUUGGAGCUCAGCGGCUUCCGCAAGAGUGAAGGUGGGGGGUCCUUCCACAUCCGGGGCUAUGAGCCCAUCCUGUCUCUGUUGCUCUUUGUCAGCGCCCUCGCCCUCCACUCCAGGCAACUUGACCUCAAACUACGCUUGGACUUCCUUUGGGCUGUGCAGGCGGAGGAGGAUCGAGACGGCAUGGAGAAAGUCAAGCUGGACAACAGGAGGAUUCUCUUCAAUCUCCUGCCCGCACACGUGGCUCAGCACUUCCUGUUGUCGAACCCCAGGAACAUGGUGAGCCUCGCUAAUAGACAAACAGACAAACAGGACCUCUACUAUCAGUCCUACGCGCAGGUCGGUGUCCUGUUUGCGUCAAUCCCGAACUUCAAUGAUUUCUACAUCGAGCUGGACGGCAACAACAUGGGAGUGGAGUGCCUGAGACUCCUGAAUGAGAUCAUCGCGGACUUUGACGAGCUCAUGGAUAAAGAGUGCUACAAAGACAUAGAGAAAAUCAAAACCAUCGGCAGUACAUACAUGGCAGCUGUGGGCCUCGUGCCCACCAUUGGUACCAAGGCCAAGAAGUCUGUGUACGACCAUCUGAGCACCAUAGCAGACUACGCCAUCGAGAUGUUUGACGUCUUGGAUGAAAUCAACUACCAGUCGUACAACGAGUUUGUGUUGAGAGUGGGUAUUAAUGUGGGUCCGGUGGUUGCGGGGGUGAUUGGGGCGCGGCGACCCCAGUACGACAUCUGGGGGAACACGGUCAACGUGGCCAGCAGGAUGGACAGCACUGGAGUACCAGGAAAGAUACAGGUGACCGAAGACGUCUAUCGCCUGCUGAACAGCAACUACGACCUGGUGUGCCGCGGCAAAGUCAGCGUCAAGGGCAAAGGUGAGAUGCUGACCUACUUCCUGGAGGGCAAGGUUCAGUGCGUGGGCACCGUGACCACCUCUUCGGUCGUGCGCUCCGCCAGCCUGGCGCGCCGGAUCCACUCGUGCGGCAAGACCAGCGUCCCGACCAACCUGGGCAGCGUCUCGUCCGCCGCCAGCCUGAACGCCUUCGCCAGCAUGGGCAGCAACAUCCACGUGAACGCCGGCAACAGCAGCAACAGCCAAGCGGCGACGUGCCUGCCCUCCACCUGCGUGCCCGCCGUGGGCGAGGAGGACGAGGAGGACGUGGACGCGACGCAGAUCCAGAUCGAAGCCGCGGCAGCUGUCGUAGAUGUUGCGAUGUAGGAAGAAAGACUAAAACUUCACUGCGAAGAAAGGGAAGGAGAAAGCCUGGUGGGAGGCCUAGAGAAGACAGGGCUGUCCAGGUGUUUCCCACAAAUCCUGAGCUACUGGCACAGCCCAGAAUAUGCUCAUUCAGGGUGUGAACUUCGGGAGAAAUGACACGGUGAUACGGGACAAUCAUACUCACUCGGAGGGAUCUUUUUUUUAAACUUCUUGCCACUCUUGGGAGACGAGAAUGCCAAGAAUCUCAAAUCCUGUCUUUAACAUCUCUAACGCCGGAUGGUUAGAUUCGUGGCGUUCCCGGGUUCCCCUCAGAUCCAGGUAUAAUGCGCAUCUUUGUGUUUUUUCUAUGUCGUGCAUAAUCCGUGUACAGGGAAUAUGUGCGUUGAUAUCCAGACAAAGACUGAUCACGCUGUUGCUUUUGCACUGUCUUUCUGAUUAUGCCAAGGAUACAUUGCAUUUAUUUACGACGUAACAACAAAGCGGUAUCGUUUCUUUUUUGGUGUGCGUAAGCAUGCACGUGUGUGUACUUGUGAGUGUGCGUGUGCAUGUGUGGUUAACUCUGAAUUGUAAACGAAACAGCACAAAAUACUUCUUUAUUUUAUACUCAGAGCUCCCUGGAUGAAAUAGUUUUAUUUUCUUUUUAGACAUAUUUACAGUGGAUAGUGCAUGACUUUUGUAAGAGUUGACACGUAACGGCACUCCUGUUGAAAGAAAACCAAAGUAUUGAGCUUUCCAUAGACCUUUUUAGUUUCACUGCUCAUAUUGCCUCAACAUAAUGGAACAACACACCAGAGAGAAGGUUGAACAUGUUUUGCAUUUGGGGCUCUCUCAGACGUCAUUUGUGGGGUGCAGACAUACAGUAUAUGUAGAUAUCCAGGAAGGCAUUCAUACACACAGAAGAGAGCACGACCUAGCCUAAACCUGGCAUUAGCUCUGUGCACAUGGACGCGCAAACUUUUGGUGCAGUGUCUGGCUGCUGUCCUCUCUGAGGCAUGCGUUGCCCUAUACUCCAGCUUUUCUUUCUUUUUUAUCGCUAUAUUAAAGCCACAUUUUGAGUUUUCCUCAAAAUAAAAAAAAUAAAUAUAUAUAUAUAUAAAUAUAAGCUUUAGCAAGUCUCUCAGAUACAGUCUCAGAAAUGUGAGGCCCUUUCGAAUAUCUUUGUAGCCUCUUUAUCGGCGUUGGACUUUCACUCGAUCCGAAAAACGUGUAAAUACAUCAUGUUUCAAGUUUUUUGCCUUACUCAAUAAGCUUACAGUGAUUGCAACCUGCCUUUUUAGAUAUAUUCACUUUGAUAUGCAGAUCAUACUUUUUGUAAAUAGCCAAAAAGCUGUAAACUAUGUUGUAUCUUGUACAGUGUAAA